AGGAAGUCUCCUCCUUCUUCCUUCCUUACUUCUUCUUCUUCUUCUUCACUGCAUCGUCGAGCUUUCAGCCCCGACGCGAUCGGAGUGUCGCCAUGGCCGGGGGAGGGCUCGCCGUCGCUUCGGCGGGGGGCGAACAGUUUGAGGCCAAGAUCACCCCGAUCGUGGUCAUCUCGUGCAUCAUGGCCGCCACCGGGGGCCUCAUGUUCGGCUACGACGUCGGCGUUUCCGGGGGUGUAACACAAAUGCCAGAUUUCUUGAAAAAGUUUUUCCCAGUUGUUUACCGGAAGUCUACCGAGCCUGGGAUCGACAGCAAUUACUGCAAAUACGAUAAUCAAGGCCUUCAACUGUUCACAUCAUCACUGUAUCUUGCUGGGCUAAUAGCGACUUUCGUUGCAUCAUACACCACCAGGAGGCUUGGCAGGAAGUUAACCAUGCUCAUCGCUGGGUUUUUCUUCAUUGUUGGGGUUGUGCUUAACACUGCAGCUGAAGACCUUCCCAUGCUCAUCAUUGGAAGGAUAUUACUAGGUUGUGGCGUUGGUUUUGCUAACCAGGCAGUUCCACUUUUCCUUUCAGAAAUAGCACCAACAAGAAUACGUGGAGGACUCAAUAUACUCUUCCAGCUUAACGUUACCAUAGGCAUCCUUUUUGCGAGUCUUGUCAACUACCGCACGGCGAAGAUCGAAGCAGGGUGGGGUUGGAGGCUAUCGUUGGGAUUGGCCGGCAUUCCUGCAGGUCUCCUAACUGUGGGAGCUAUUUUCGUGGUAGACACUCCUAACAGUCUCAUUGAGCGGGGUCGCAUUGAAGAAGGAAAAGCUGUGCUCAGAAGGAUAAGGGGAACUGACAACAUUGAACCGGAGUUCCAGGAGCUUCUCGAGGCAAGUCGCGUUGCUAAAGAAGUGAAGCAUCCCUUCAGAAAUCUCCUGAAGAGGAAGAAUCGGCCUCAGUUGGUCAUUGCAGUGGCCAUGCAGGUCUUCCAGCAAUUUACUGGUAUCAAUGCCAUCAUGUUUUAUGCGCCAGUUCUCUUUAACACCGUUGGAUUCGGCAAUGAUGCAUCUCUUUACUCCGCUGUCAUCAUUGGGGCUGUCAAUGUUCUCUCCACCUUGGUAUCCAUUUACACGGUUGAUAAGAUCGGCCGCCGUGUUCUUUUACUGGAGGCCGGGGUCCAAAUGUUCCUUUCCCAAGUUAUAAUAGCAAUUAUACUUGGCUUGAAGGUCAAGGAUCACUCAGAGGACCUCAGCCAUGGCUACUCGAUCUUUGUGGUCAUUAUGGUGUGCACGUUCGUCUCUAGCUUCGCGUGGUCUUGGGGACCUCUUGGAUGGUUGAUCCCCAGUGAGACGUUUCCGCUAGAGACUCGCUCGGCCGGCCAGAGUGUGACCGUCUGCACCAACUUUCUCUUCACCUUCGUGAUUGGCCAGGCAUUCCUCUCCAUGCUGUGCCACUUCAAGUACGGCAUCUUCUUGUUCUUCUCUGGUUGGGUCCUUAUCAUGUCCGUCUUCACUCUGUUUCUUAUCCCCGAGACCAAGAACGUCCCGAUCGAAGAGAUGACCGAGAGGGUGUGGAAGCAGCAUUGGUAUUGGAAACGGUACAUCGAGGACAACGACCAUGAUGCCGAGGCCGCCGUUUCAAACAAGGUGGGGCCUGCCAAUGGCAAUGGGUUUGAUCCCGCAUCGCAGUUGUAAUCGAUUCGAGAUGAAUGUCUUUCAGGAUUCAGAUAUAUAGGAAUUUCAUACCUUAGAAAAAUAUUGGGUACAGAAUAUACACUAGAACACAGAGAACAACUACUAUUCAACAGACCGAGAAUUAUUUCGAUACUGUCAUUAUAGGUAGAGUAUACUGAUUAAGCCAGAUAUAUAGUCUUCGCGUGUGAUUUGUGGCGCGCGCCGCCAUGUAAAUUGAUAUCGCAGGAUAUUGUCUUUGCAGAGAAGAGUGUGUUUUUU